GAAUUUAUCCAGCCUGCAGGAAGCGGAAGGGGGCGGGGGAAAGAUGAAUCGAAAGAGGCGUGGCUGAUGAAUAUGAAUAAUCCUAUGACAGCUGUCAUAGAACUAUAGUAAUUUUUAAUGAGGAGGCAUGGUGAUUGGUGAGAAAGAUAAUAAAUUAAGUAGUUCUGCAUAAUUUACGCGAGGCUGGGCGGGGUCUAUGCUAAUGAGGCGGGAGAAGGAGACCGGGGCUGGCAAGAUGGCGGCCGAGCGCAGUCGCUCCCCGAUGGGAGGCUCGCCGGUGCCGGCCUCAAUGUUCGCCCCGGAGCCCGCGUCACACGUCGGGGCACCGGUGGCUUCAUCCCGGCCUCACCGCGAUAAUAUCCCCGACUCGGACUGCAGCGAGGACGGCGAGAUGCCCAACGGGGAGCAGGAGCUCGAUCUCACCAGCAAGCUAGUAAUGGUAAGUCCAACAUCGGAACAGUAUGAUAGCUUGCUCCGGCAGAUGUGGGAAAGAAUGGAUGAAGGAUGUGGGGAGACGAUCUAUGUCAUUGGUCAAGGGUCAGAUGGGACUGAGUAUGGGCUCAGUGAUGCAGACAUGGAAGCUUCCUAUGCCACGGUGAAGAGUAUGGCUGAGCAAAUAGAUGCAGAUGUGAUCCUCUUACGAGAGCACCAGGAAGCAGGAGGAAAAGUACGUGACUACUUAGUUAGGAAGCGUGUGGGCGACAAUGACUUCCUGGAAGUCAGGGUAGCAGUGGUUGGCAACGUGGAUGCUGGGAAGAGUACUCUGCUGGGUGUCCUCACCCACGGUGAGCUGGACAAUGGCCGUGGUUUUGCCCGGCAAAAGCUCUUCCGCCACAAGCAUGAGAUUGAGUCGGGACGGACCAGCAGUGUGGGCAAUGACAUUUUGGGCUUUGAUAGUGAAGGCAAUGUAGUAAACAAACCUGACAGUCAUGGUGGAAGUCUGGAAUGGACUAAGAUCUGUGAGAAAUCAACAAAAGUUAUCACUUUCAUUGACCUUGCUGGGCAUGAGAAGUACCUGAAGACCACAGUCUUUGGCAUGACGGGGCACCUACCUGAUUUUUGCAUGCUAAUGGUUGGCAGCAAUGCUGGAAUUGUGGGGAUGACCAAGGAGCACCUGGGUCUGGCACUGGCACUCAAUGUUCCAGUCUUUGUUGUGGUGACUAAGAUUGACAUGUGUCCUGCCAAUAUUCUCCAAGAAACCCUAAAGCUCUUGCAGCGGCUUCUGAAGUCUCCAGGAUGCAGGAAGAUCCCUGUCUUGGUCCAGAGCAAGGAUGAUGUCAUUGUUACUGCCUCCAACUUCAGCUCGGAAAGGAUGUGCCCAAUAUUCCAGAUUUCAAAUGUCACUGGUGAGAACCUGGAUUUGCUUAAGAUGUUUCUCAAUCUUCUGUCUCCACGGACCAGUUACAGAGAAGAAGAGCCUGCUGAAUUCCAGAUAGACGACACUUACUCUGUUCCAGGAGUUGGAACAGUGGUGUCUGGAACAACACUGAGAGGGCUGAUCAAGUUAAAUGACACCUUGCUUCUAGGACCAGAUCCCCUGGGUAACUUCUUGCCCAUUGCUGUGAAGUCCAUUCACCGCAAACGCAUGCCAGUCAAAGAGGUGCGGGGAGGCCAGACAGCAUCCUUUGCUCUGAAAAAGAUCAAGCGUUCCUCAAUUCGGAAAGGGAUGGUGAUGGUGUCUCCUCGGUUGAAUCCUCAAGCGUCUUGGGAAUUUGAAGCUGAAAUUCUGGUAUUGCAUCAUCCCACCACUAUCAGUCCACGCUAUCAAGCGAUGGUGCACUGUGGCAGCAUCCGCCAGACAGCUACUAUCCUCAGUAUGGAUAAAGACUGCCUACGCACAGGAGACAAGGCCACAGUUCACUUCCGCUUCAUCAAGACCCCAGAAUAUCUGCACAUAGACCAGCGGCUUGUCUUCCGUGAGGGCCGUACCAAAGCUGUGGGCACCAUCACCAAGCUACUCCAAACCACUAACAACUCCCCAAUGAACUCCAAGCCCCAGCAGAUCAAGAUGCAGUCCACAAAAAAGGGGCCUCUGAUCAAGAGGGAGGAUGGGGGCGCCCAGGCUGGCCUGGCAGCAGCAAGCCCGACUGUGGCAGAUGAUGCCGUUUCCUUGGGAGCAGCCCCCUCGGCCCCCUCUGGUGCCCAGCAACCGCAGCCUGCACUGGACGAAGAGCCCCACAACCGAGAGGGCAAUAAGGCAAAGCCCGGAGGAGGUGGCCGGCGACGUGGGGGCCAACGCCAUAAAGUGAAGUCUCAAGGAGCAGUUGUGACUCCUGCCAGUGGCUGUUGAACAUCGUCCUACUCACUGAGGAAUUCUUGCACCCUCCCCCCUUCUUUCUUAAAGCCACCUUCCUCCACCAAGCAGCAUAACCAAAAUCCAUCUGCUGUGGAACUUUUUUCUCUUCCUGGAGGGGAGUGGGGGGGGGGGGGAGAAGUGUCAGCAGCUGAAGCUAAUGAAGGUGACAAAGCACACAUGGAACUGACCAGCGGCCACCUUCUCCCUCUGCUCCAAAACAUGUUGUACAUUGUGAGCUCUUAGUCAUUAUUUUUAUUAGUUUUUAUUAUGGUGGAUGUUUGUGUGUGUGUGUGUGUGCGUGCAUGAAGAAUCAGGAGAACUCCAGGUAUGCAGAAUAAGGUACCUGUCUAUUGUCUCUUCUCCCUGCCACCAGUCCUACACUAUUUUUAAAAAAAGUAAUUUGCCUGAAAAAACUCCUGAAAGCAUUAAGCUCUCUAAGAGCACAAGUUCUCACAGGGGCAGCAGCGUUCCUUCCCCUUUAACAGUGAUGGUGCUGAGUUUAUUUCUGGCCCUUCCCACGUGUAAUGUGGCAGUGAGUUCUGUUGGCAGUUGCCAUGAAGAAAAGUAAUGGCCAGCAUCUACCCCCAAAAAAUGGGUUUAAAAUUAGAUCCAAUGUCUCUUCCAAGUUAUGCAAGCUUGCUUAGAAGCUUGAGGUGUGAUUGGGUGGUAGAAGCAGAAGCCUUUCUCCCCACCCCUGAUAGCCGUUGUGAGAUCUUCAGUUGAUGGCUGGAAAGACCACGUAGUCUUGGGGCGGGGUCAUGGUUUCAAAACUGAUUGUCCUUGCAGACUAGUCAUAGCUGUCUCUGUGUUCAGGGAGCAUGGCAUAUCUUCACCUUGCUGCCAGUUUACAUGUGUGUUCAUGUUUGGGAAAGGGCAAGAGAUGGUGUCUAUUGGUUUAUGGUUUCUUGUCCAUUUAUUCUCUCUCCUGCCCUUUGAAAGACCAUACUUCCUCCUCCUCUGCAUGACCAGAGCUAAAAACCCUUUGAUGAUGCCAGUUGCUGGUGUGUUCUGUACUGCUACUUCUUUCCCUUGGGGAAAAGGCAUUUUCUGCAGCUGGACACAUUUAGCAUUAGAGGCCAGCCGGCCAGCCAGCUCCCUUCCCUUUCCCUUGUUUCAGCCUUUUCACAGAAUCACUUUGCCGUAGACAGCGACGGAAAUUUGGAUUGUCUAAAAAUAGGAACUGUGGAGUCAGCAUGGAGCUGGCUGGGUUUUAUAACUUUUGAUAGAUAUUUACAGCAUAUUUUCAAGACAUUCAUUCUGAAUUGACUUUUUAAUUAGCAUCAUGGCUGUAUUUGUAUGUGGUGGUCUUUUGGGGUGGGAAAGACAGCACCAAGAUUUGUAGUUCACUGGUUUGUAACUUUUUACCUUUUUCAACAUUGUCAUUUCAAAUUUCCUCUACUGUUUUUUGAAUAACCGAGUUCCUUGGAAGAAAGAAUGUACUUUGGAGAACAGUAGGUGUGUGUUAGGCAUGCUGACAUCUUCUGGACUGUGUCCUCAGCAGCUACAGUAUUACUCAUACCCUCAGAAGAGAAGAGAAACAAGAGAUUGUAGUGGGGCUAAGAUGAGAUGGCUGUCUGUGUGGUCAAUGUUUUCGGCCCUGAAAUGAUGUCUACCAGUGCAUCUGUUUCAUUUACAUCUGCUUCCAGUGAGCAGAAAUGUAGAGGUUCUUUUAUUGUUCAGUUUGAAAGAAGCAUGUGCCAUGCUGAAGAUCGAAUACAAAAAAGCCAGAGUCCUGUAUUCUGUUUUGUGACCAGAGGUUGAGACUGAGGCUGGCAUAAUGUAACAAUAUUAAAAAAAGUUUCAUUUGGAGUUUUAAAA